CCCCUCUUCUUUCGUCGUGUCGGAAGGACACACGCAGUCGCCCCAGCCGGCCCGCGCCAGACAACGCUAAACAAACCAGAACCACAAGCAGUCGGGGUCGAGGGGUCUCCCCAAAACCUGAGCCAUGAGUCGCAGCAUCGUGCGGCAGAGCAAGUUCCGCCACGUCUUCGGCCAGAGCGUCAAGGCCGACCAGAGCUAUGACGACAUCCGCGUUUCCAAGGUGACGUGGGACAGUUCCUUCUGCGCUGUCAACCCCAAGUUCCUCGCCGUCAUCGUGGAGUCAAGCGGGGGCGGAGCCUUCCUGGUCAUCCCCCUCGCAAAGAUGGGUCGCGUAGACAAGAACUACCCUCUGGUCAUCGGGCAUUCUGGGCCCGUCCUGGAUAUCGACUGGUGUCCCCAUGACGAUAACGUGCUGGCCAGUGGCUCGGAGGACUGCACGGCCAUGGUGUGGCAGAUUCCCGAUCACUCGCUGAUACGCCCCCUCACCGAACCCAUCGUGGUACUGGAGGGUCACUCCAAGCGCGUGGGCAUUGUCAGCUGGCAUCCGACCACGCGCAACAUCCUGCUGACUGCGGGGAGCGAUAACCUGAUCAUCGUAUGGAACGUGGGAACGGGGGAGCCGCUCAUGUCCAUGGACGACCACCCGGACCUUAUCUACAGCAUCAGCUGGAACAGGAACGGAAGCUUGUUCUGCACCACCUGCAAGGACCGCCGCCUGCGUGUCUGUGACCCUCGCAAGGCCGACGUGGUGGCGGAGCGUUUGGCUCCUCACGAGGGCAUCCGACCCAUGAGAGCCAUCUUCACCAGAGACGGGAACAUCUUCACCACAGGGUUCACCAGGAUGAGCCAGAGGGAGCUCGGACUCUGGGACCCGACCAAUUUUGAAGAGCCACUCGCACUGCUGGAAUUGGACACGAGCAAUGGCGUCCUGUUACCGUAUUACGACCCGGACGCCAACAUGGUGUACUUGUGCGGCAAGGGAGACAGUAGCAUCCGCUACUUUGAGAUCACCGAGGAGCCACCCUACGUGCACUACCUCAACACCUUCAGCAGUAAAGAGCCGCAACGAGGGAUGGGUUUCAUGCCCAAGAGGGGCGUGGACGUCAGCAAGUGCGAGAUCGCCAGGUUGUACAAGCUGCACGACAAGAAGUGUGAGCCCAUCACAAUGACCGUUCCCCGAAAAUCGGACCUCUUCCAGGACGACCUGUACCCGGACACCGCCGGCCCGGAGCCCGCCAUGGAGCCCGAUGAGUGGCUGGAGGGCCGCGACCAAGACCCCGUGCUGAUAUCCAUGAAGGAAGGCUACGUGCCGCCAAAGAGCCGUGAGCUCAAAGUGUCCCGGAAGAACCUGCUGGACUCCAGGCCCACCACCCGCCGCAGCAUGUCCACGUGCGACGCCGCCAGCCUGCCGCCCGAGCUGCUGGGGAGGCUGCUGGAAGAGAUUCAGCACCUGAAGGCCACAGUGUUAUCUCAAGAGAAGAGAAUCUGUGAUUUGGAGAACAAACUGUCCCAGUAUGCCAAUGGGACGGCCUGACGGGGCGCACUCCCGCGGGAGCCGCCCCGACGGGCACUCGCCAAGAAGCUGCAGCGGUGACGCGGCACGGCGCUCCGAGGUAGCGACGUGCCGCGCCACAAUCCCCGGUGCGCAACGGACCUCCAGAGUCAAACUCUUUUCAGUGCCUUUGGUCCAAACAGGGACAAGAGUUGAAGGUUUGAGGGACAAAUUAAGCUGACAUAAAAAAAGGGGACAAACAAUUUCCUGCUUGGCUUUGAAUUUGAGCCUUGAAUUUGUUCAGUCAGUUCAGCUCACAAUCCUUCAUGAAAACAUGUAAAUAGACAAAAAAAAGGGGGGGGGGAGUUUUCAAUUUGUAUCAAAAAAAAAAAUAUUGGUAUUGUUGGUCUUGAACAUUUUUCCUCCACAGGUUAUUCACAAGUUUUAAUGUGGCUUCAGUAGUUAUCAGGCACUUUUUCCACAGCUUAUUUACUACUGCGAUAAACAUUUCCAUCAAAUUAGCCGCAUGCUAUCGUGGUACAUGUAGCGAAGCAGUCCUUGUGUAUGUCAAAGUUGUGCAUGACUGGAAAAAAUAUUAAUUACGGCCCAAAAAAAAGCAGUUUUCUUAAUAAUUUUUUUCCACGUCAUCUUGAAAUUGCCAACAUUUGAAGCUGCAGUAUUAGAUGUAGGCCACUAGAGGGAGACAUUUAGCACGAUUAAAAAUUGCAUCGCUGCAAUUGGAGACGCUUUUGUACGGAAGAGAAUUGUGUUUUUUUUGGAGUAACUCAAUCGAAUGCUUCAUUUAAACGUACUAUAAUAUACUUUUUAACAGUUUAACUUUCAUAGCUUGUUAAGCACUCACAUUUCCAAUCGUCACCCCAACGUUAAAAACUGGUAGACCUCAUUUUAAAAGUUAAAAGAAUGAUCAUCAUUCUCCACUAUUUUGUUCACGGGACUUAAUUCUUUCUGGUGAAGGAUUAGAAAGCAAGGCCUUCAAAAUAUUAAGAAAACAUGUUGUCUGAUGCCCGCGGGGGCUUAUAUAAUGAGCGUGCCACUUUAGUAUACUGUUAACUAUUCUAACCGCAGAGUAAAGCGACAUAUCUGCAAACGUCUGCAAGUCAAAUGCACUUUUUUCACGACAGACCACAACCCUCAUCCACAUUUUCAACUUUAUUCAUGCAAUUUUUUUCUUUAUUGAUCUCUCUUCUUAGCUCCAUUUUGACAUGACAUCAAAUGUGUUGUCCAUUUAUUUCCUAGCUACACUCUUGCGUGUGAUUAAUGAGCGGUUUUAAGAUGCACGCUGGCCAACAGCGUGAGUCACAAAGCAGCUACGGGGUGAUGGAGUCGGUAGAGAUGUGCCUCUUUAUAUUCUUUGCCCAAAGUACACAGCUUGUUGUCGUUACGUGAAUACGAUGAAUAAAUAUGUCAUUGAUCCAA